AGUCACCAAGUCAAAUUCUUGAUGGGUUAGUUCAAACAAAGAAAAAUUACUCGCAGGCCAAGAGUUCUCAUCGAUCUUUCUCUCCCACCUCUGUGUGGGUUUGUCCUCCACCUCCGUGUGGCCUCCUCCACCGCCCUGUGUGGGUUAUCUCCACCUCCGUGUGGCGCUUCUCCACCUCCUUGUGUGGGUUUUCUCCACCUCCGUGUGGCGCGUCUUCACCUCCAUCGUGAGGGUCUUCUCUACCCACUUUUUUUCGUGGGUUUCUCUUAACUUUCUACAGUUCCCUAAAUCUAAACCCAAAUUUCAGUAUUCACUAACCUAUCUUUCUGUCCCUUAAACUUCACAAUAGCUGUCUCCUUUGGUCUACCUGGCUUCGGUGUAGGUACCUGGUGUAUGUUUCUUCUGUUUUUGGAUGCUUCAUGAAAGUGGGUCUCUCUUUGAAAUUGGACUAAUUUCCAUCUGGCAACUUGGAGGCGAAUUCCUUUGCGCUUGCGUGGGUCUGGUGUGCUGGCUUUGUACAGCGGGUUGCUCCACUUUUUGUGGGUCUUGGUUGCUGGAAUAGCUCUCUAUUUAACGGGUUGCUUUGCCUUUUGUGGGUUUUGGUUAUCUACAACCAGUGAGUGGGUCAACAUCCCUUUUGUAUGGGAACCAACUCCAGCAUUUGAUGAAGGAAGCGGACUAGGUCCGUCCAUCUAAUAGUUUGUCUGUGUCAUUUAUAUUGCUUAAUGAUGAGUAUUAUUGUGUGGAAUUGCAAAGGAGCUUUAAAGCCCUCUUUUCAAAAUCAUGUUAGGGAACUGGUUAAUUGUCAUGAUCCAGCUAUUAUGGUUGUUAUGGAGACUCGAAUUGGUGGUGAUAGAGCCAGGGAUAUCUCAGAUAGGUUGCCGUUUGAUGGAGCCAUCCAUUCAGACACGAUUGGUUUCUCUAGUGGAAUUUGGCUUCUUUGGAACUCUGAAAAAGUGCAGAUUACUCAUUUAGCUAUGUCUGAGCAGGAGGUUCACGUUUUAGUGAAGGAUCUCAGGUCGUUCAUCAUACUGAUGAGGAACAUACUGAUGAGGCGAAAUCGUUCGUCAUCAGUUUGGCGCCGUCUGUGGGAACAAACCAUAAGCCGUCGAACUCUCUGAUUGACUAAGUUCCGCAAAACCGAUGGACUCAAACACUAUUGCACCGCUGGACCCGGAGGUAAUGGCUCAACAAAUUCAAGCACUGACAGCUAAUGUGCAAGAAUUGAUGAAACAGAAUGAAGACUUGAAGCGGAAGGCACGUCCCGAGGGCACGAGAAUGUCGCAGUCUUGAUGUAACCGCAAUGACAACUACUUAAUUAUUACAAAUGUUCUUUUUCCCUCACAUACCCUGUCUUUUAAUAUUUACAUAACUAGCACAACGCUUAAUUCAUUGUUAUCAAUUUGAAUUGAAUGCUGAAAGAAUUUCUUAUUUGCUACUUUUAGUUA